AUGAAAUCCGUAUCACCCACCUCACCCUCUUCUUCCGUCAGCCCCGGGCGGGCUAAGCACCUCGAACGCAACCGCGUCGCCGCCAACAAAUGCCGGGAAAGAAAGAAGAGAGAACACAAGCAAAUCGAGCGCCGCCUUAGCGACGAAACCGAAAAGAAAGACCUUCUCCUAGCACAGUUGAACUGUUUACGAGAAGAAGUCUGGGAUUUGAAAAAUCUCAUCUUUCAGCACGCCGAGUGCCAAGACCACCAAAUCAACCACCAGCUCGCCAGGAUGACCGAGACCGUCCUGCAUGGUAAUCCCAACCUGGAAGCCAAUUCUAGCCUGCCUACAAGCUCAUCUCCCUUUUCGACUGGGACGUGGUCCGAUGAAUCGGUAGAUGAUGCCAACCCCACCGGAUCGGGCGCAUACGAUGCAAACACAUACGAUCGCAACGAUUGGACGGUGUUGCCUGCGAUCGCGAACGAUUUCACCCCUUACGAGCCGAAUGGUUUUACCGAUUCGAUGUUUGAAAACUUUAUCGAUGCGGACAAUGUGUAUACCUAA